AUGUCGUCCUUUAACUCCAGCGUCCUCCUCGGUAACUCCAGCGCGGCGGCGGCGGCGGCGGCGGCGGGCGCCCCCGGCCACGACUACGGGGGCAACAUCUACCGGCCCUUCUCCGUCUUCAGCGUGCUGACGCUCACCCUGCUGGCCAUGCUGGUGGUGGCCACCUUCGUGUGGAACCUCCUAGUGCUGAUGACCAUCCUUAGGGUGCGCACCUUCCACCGCGUGCCCCACAACCUGGUGGCCUCCAUGGCCAUCUCCGACGUGAUGGUGGCCGCCCUGGUCAUGCCCCUCAGCCUGCUCCACGAGCUCAACGGCCGGCUGUGGAAGCUAGGCCGCGUGCUCUGCCAGGUGUGGAUCUCCUUUGACGUGCUCUGCUGCACCGCCAGCAUCUGGAACGUCACGGCCAUCGCCCUCGACCGCUACUGGUCGAUCACGCGGCACCUGGAGUACACGCUGAAGACGCGCAAGAAGAUCUCCAACGUGAUGAUCGGCCUCACCUGGGUGCUGUCCGCCAUCAUCUCCCUGGCGCCGCUGUUUGGCUGGGGCGAGACGUACACCCAGGGCUUCAAGUGCCAGGUGAGCCAGGACCCCUUCUACACCAUCUUCUCCACCUUCACGGCGUUCUACCUGCCGCUCUGCGUGGUGCUCUUCGUCUACUGGAAGAUCUACAAGGCCGCCAAGUUCCGGAUCGGCUCUCGUAAAACCAACAGCAUCACGCCCAUGGGCGAGGUGAAUGACGGCUCUCUUCAGCCUCAGAUGGCGUUCGCGGCGCGCCACGCCACCGUCACCUUCCAGACGGACGGGGACACCUGGCGCGAGCAGAAGGAGAAGAAGGCCGCCAUGAUGGUGGGCAUCCUGAUCGGCGUUUUCGUCCUCUGCUGGAUCCCCUUCUUCAUCACCGAGCUGGUCACGCCCCUGUGCUCCUGCGACGUCCCGCCCCUCUGGAAGUCCGUCUUCCUGUGGCUGGGCUACUCCAACUCCUUCUUCAACCCGCUCAUCUACACCGCCUUCAACAAGAACUACAAUAACGCCCUGAGGAACCUCUUCUCCCGCCAGCGCUGA